AUGAUGAGUAAAACAGCGAUUGUUAGCGGAAACAUCAAGGAUGGGAAGUUAAAAUUGAGAAAUGAGGUACUUCCGUUGGGUGGGUGGCCUGAUCAUGCUCAGUUACUGUAUCAGAAUCACCACAACUUCAAAGAGAGUGGUAAACCGUUGAGUUUCAAGAUGUAUAAGGACGGAUCGUGGAUGGAUUUCGAAAAAAAUGCGAUGGAUGUGCUCAUUUCAGCUUUCGUGAGUGGUAAGGCUAUGAUUGAGGUGGAAACGGAAGCUGGAUUUAAAUUAUUGAUUGAUUUUUAUCGCAUGUUUGGGAUAGAUUUGGACACUGGGAACGAACUGCGAAUCUCUUGGAUUGAUGUCAAUGGAAACAAUUUUAUCCCUAAAAUCUUCAUUGACGAUUCAGAAAAUGAGAAUCCUACGAUUGAAAAGAAGGGAACCGAAGUAGGCAGUUCAUCGCAGCUUGUUAUUGCUAACCCUACUGAAUCGGCUCCACCUAAAUGGGCUAGGACAAGGUCAAUGAGGGAAGAUGAGUACGCCUAUCAGACGGUAAAGGGUUACCUGUUGUCUUCUCGUUCAGGUGUUACAAUAACCGGCGUUCAUCAGUGUAUGAUAAGCGGUGUUAGGGAACAAGUUUUUAAAGACAACGUGGAGAUGGUAACGAGGACCAGAGGGAACCCUAAAGUUGUACUUGGUUGGUAUGGUACAUCGUCCAAGAAUGUGGACGCCAUAAUGCAUCGUGGAUUUGAAUUAACUAGACUUGAACAAGGUCAUCGUGGUAUUGGCAUAUACUUGUCGCCUCAAAUAAGUGAAAUGAUGUCCGACGUAGAUGAAAAUGGUGAAAAACAUAUGAUUCUAUGUCGAGUCAUAUUGGGAAAUCCUGAAAAGGUUGAGCUCGGAUCUCAGCAGUUGUUUUCAUCGAGUUUGGAUAAUUUUGAUACCGGGGUUGAUGAUUUGAACCAUCCAAAGUUGCAUGUGGUGUGGUAUCACAAUAUGAAAACUCACAUUCUACCCGAAAGUAUAGUCAGUUAUAAACUUGAUCGUCAUAUGCCAGGUCAGCAGAGUUGUGGUGCUCAUACUGAGGACCGAUGGUGUAGAUUACUAUUCAAGCUACCUAAUUUGCUUCCACUAACAAAAAAGUUGGAGUUGAAAAGUUUGCAUAACUCCUAUGAGGUGGGCAAAGCAGUAGCGCACAGACAUUUCAUAAGCAAGAUACAAGCUAUUGUUCAAGAUGAUCAAUUGAUGCGUUCGAUUAUCAUGGAAUUCCUUUCUGAGAUGAGGUUCUGUCAAACUUGUUGGGAUAAAAUGGGAAUUAUGGUUUCUCAUUGA